AUGGAGGCCAACGAAAAGGCUAAGAAGAAGAAGGAAAGGCAGGGACUGCUAGGCAAGGCGCCGGUGCUGAGCCUUCCUGGGGCGGCGCCGCGGGCCGCUGCCGAGCUGGUCGGCGGGGGGGCUGCCGUGCUGCAGAACCUCUUCCAGGUCAACGGCAGCACCAAGAAGCUGCGGGCCAAAGAGGCCAUCUUCCCCGUGCACCACCACCACCACCUCGCCGCCCCCGUCUUUGGCAACGGCUUCGGGGCCGACUCCUUCAGCCGCAUCGCCAGCUCCUAUGCCUCCUUCGGGGCCGGGGCUGGGCUGGUGCUGCCGGCUGCCCAGAAACUCUUGCGCUCCAAGAAGGCCGAGCGGCUGGAGGCAGAAAUGGGCAAAAGCAGCCGGAGAAAGGCAGGCAGCGAGUACCUGGUCAAGCUGGACCACGAAGGAGUGACGUCCCCCAAGAACAAGAACUGCAAGGCCCUGCUGCUGGCCGAGAAGGACUUUGGGGCCAAGCUGGAGCGGCCCCUGGCCAGCCACGGCUAUGCCCACGCGGCCCUGGCAGGCAAGGAUAGGAAGGGGCGGGCGCCCGUGCACCAGCUGCCCGUGGGGCUGGCGCUGCGGAAAUACUCGGGCCAGGCCGAGUUCACCCUGAACUGCGACAGCGACUGCCACAGCUCCUACUCGGACAUGGACGAGGACGAGGAGGCGGGUGGGCUGGGCGCCGACGUGCCCUCGCGCUUUAUGACCCGCCUCUCGGUUUCCUCCUCUUCCUCGGGCUCCUCCACCUCCUCCAGCUCCGGCUCCAUCUCCACCUCCAGCCUCUGCUCCUCCGACAACGAGGAUUCCUCCUACAGCUCCGAGGACGAGGACUCCACGCUGCUGCUCCAGACCUGCCUCUCCCACCCGGUGCCGGCGCUGCUGGCGCAGCCGGAGGCCCUGCGCUCCAAGAGCGGCGCGCCGCAGCGCUGCUUCCUCACCAAGGCCGCCACCGCCGGCCCCAAGGCCAAGCUCAAGCGCAAGGAGGCCCUCAGCUUCUCCAAAGCCAAAGAGUUCUCCCGGAGGCAGCGCCUGCCCUCGGUGGAAAACCGGCCAAAGAUCUCCGCCUUCCUGCCCGCGCGCCAGCUACCCCACCCCACGCAGCGGCGGGGCAUGAAGGGCAAGGCGCGGAAGCUGUUCUACAAGGCCAUCGUGCGGGGCAAGGAGACGCUGCGCAUCGGGGACUGCGCCGUCUUCCUCUCGGCCGGGCGGCCCAACCUGCCCUACAUCGGGCGCAUCGAGAGCAUGUGGGAGUCCUGGGGCAGCAACAUGGUGGUCAAGGUCAAGUGGUUCUACCACCCCGAGGAGACCAAGCUGGGCAAGCGGCAGAGCGACGGCAAGCCGGUGUCCUUGCGGCACGGUGAUGCCCACCCCGAGCAGGCAGUGCUCCCCGGCCUCGCUGCACACCCCCCUUCCCGGGUGAUGGAUGUGCCGCUGUCCCCCUCGGCGGUCACGGCCAUCCAUCGUGCCCACAGUCACCCGCUCUCCUGGGGACACUGA